AUUUCUUCAUUCUCCAUUUACCAAGGUCAUGGGAGAUAUAGAGGAAACAUUAUUUGAAGAAUUUGAGAACUAUUCCUAUGAACUAGACUAUUACUCUCUGGAGUCUGAUUUGGAGGAGAAAGUUGAGUUGGGAGUUGUUCACUGGGUCUCCCUGGUGUUAUAUUGUUUAGCUUUUGUACUGGGUAUUCCAGGAAAUGCCAUUGUCAUUUGGUUCACGGGGUUCAAGUGGAAGAAGUCAGUCACUACUCUGUGGUUUCUUAAUCUAGCCAUUGCGGAUUUCAUUUUUCUUCUCUUCCUGCCCCUGUACAUUUCCUAUGUGGCCAUGAAUUUCCACUGGCCCUUUGGCAUCUGGCUGUGCAAAGCCAAUUCCUUCAUUGCCCAGUUGAACAUGUUUGCCAGUGUUUUCUUCCUGACGGUGAUCAGCCUGGACCACUAUAUCCACUUGAUCCAUCCUGUCUUGUGUCAUCGGCAUCGAACCCUCAACAACUCUCUGAUUGUCAUUAUAUUCAUCUGGCUUUUGGCUUCUCUAAUUGGUGGUCCUGCCCUAUACUUCCGGGAAACUGUGGAGUUCCGUAACCAUACUCUUUGCUAUAACAAUUUUCAGAAGCAUGAUCCUGACCUCACUUUGAUAAGACACCAUGUUCUGACCUGGGCGAAAUUUAUCUUUGGCUAUCUCUUCCCUUUGCUAACAAUGAGUAUUUUCUACUUGUGUCUCAUCUUCAAAGUGAAGAAGCGAAGCAUCCUGAUCUCCAGUAAGCAUUUCUGGACAAUUCUGGCUGUGGUUGUGGCCUUUGUGGUUUGCUGGACUCCCUAUCACCUGUUUAGCAUUUGGGAGCUCACCAUUCACCACAAUAGCUAUUCCCACUAUGUGCUGCAGGCUGGAAUCCCCCUCUCCACUGGUUUGGCAUUCCUCAAUAGUUGCUUGAACCCCAUCCUUUAUGUCCUAAUUAGUAAAAAGUUCCAAGCUCGCUUCCGGGCCUCGGUUGCUGAGAUACUCAAGUAUACCCUGUGGGAAGUCAGCUGCUCUGGCACAGUGAGUGAACAGCUCAGGAACUCAGAAACGAAGAAUCUGUGUCUCCUGGAAACAGCCCAAUAAGUUACUGCUUUUCCACAGAUCAGUAUAACGCUUUCAUAUGGGUCCUCUGAUGAAUGCUUUCAGAUUAAAAUUGUUUCCAAGAUAGAGAGCUGAACCUACUUUUAUUUUUUUGUUUUUGGUCACUAUAUAGGCAUCACAUUUUUGUGUGGAUAUAAAACUUAGGAAGGAUCCUCUUGACUCCUUGUGAUGUGGCAAUAAAAAUUUUUUAAGAACUAAAAAUAUACUGGGCAUGGUGGCUCAUGCCUGUAAUUCCCGUACUUUGGGAGGCCAAGUCAGGCGGACCACAAGGACAAGAGAUUGAGACCAUCCUGGCCAACAUGGUGAAACCCCAUCUCUACUAACAUAUGAUAAUUAGCUGGGUGUGGUGGCAAACACCUAUAAUCCCAGCUACUCGGGAGGCUGAGGAGGAGAAUCACUUGACCCCAGGAGGCAGAGGUUGCAGUGAACUGAGAUUGCACCACUGUUCUCCAGCCUGGUAACAAAGCGAGACUCUGUCUCAAAAAAAAAAAACAAAACUAAAAAUACUUAGGAAGGAUCUGAGUAAUUAUUUUCUGCAACUUAAAUAAAAUGCAUCAUUCUUGCUAAUUAUACCGUGGUGAAUUAAUCACUGUUAAAGCAGUAUCAGUUAUUUUUUAAAUAAUAAUGUUUCUAAAGACUUAAGUCUUAAUAUUAAAUAUGUGAUUGGCCAGGUGGAGUGGCUGACACCUGUAAUCCCCUUUGGGAGGCCAAUGCAGGUGGAUCAUCUGAGACCAGCCUGACCAACAUGGAGAAACCCCAUCUGUACUAAAAGUACAAAAUUAGCCAGGCAUAGUGGUGGGUACUUGUGAUCCCAGCUACUCAGGAGGCUGAGGCAGGAGAAUCGCUUGAACCCAGGAGGUGGAGGUUGCGGUGAGCCACGAUUGCACCAUUGCACUCCAGCCUGGGCAACAAGAGCAAAACCCCAUCUCGAUCAGUCAAUCAAUGAUUAAUUUUUUUUUAAUGUUAAAAUGUUUGCUUAAAUGCAUUUUAAUUUUGUACAAAUAACCUACAUUUUUUAAAUGCAACA